UCGCAUUGGGCGAGACAUGAUGUACAGGGCCCCACCUUCCGAUGGAGUCACGGGGAAGAAGAAAGGCCUUCUUUCGCAGGCAGUGUCUCGUGCAAGACUGUUUCUAAAAGCGCCGCUAGUCUUCACCGGUGUCCUAUUGUACAGCGCGCUCGCCUUCAUACCGUUCCUCGGGCGCUGGAUCGUGAACCGCGUGGUAUCAAACCUGCUUCCAAAAGUGAUGGGCCAAACGGACAAACUGACACGCAGCAUCCGUGCGGAGCUGCUGAAGACCAUUUCGGGAAAAGUUUUAGACUUCGGCGCGGGCUCGGGUAUCUACAUGAAGUACUGCUUUCCGCCCUACACGAAAACGGCUACGGAAGUAACCAAAUAUGUAGCGCUCGAGCCAAAUAGGCGACUACAUUCGCACAUUCAAAAAACGUUCGAUGAUAUCAGAGAAAAUAAAGCGGUUCUUGUGGGGGACGCUGACGGAAGGACAGCACCUGAUGCUGCGGUUGACAAUAAACAGUGGAAUGAUCAUGUUGACAUCUCAAACAAGGCGAACGACGUUCUUGAAAUCGCAGGCGAAUUUCUCUCGGAUCUAAAGGUGCGGUUACAUGCCCAGCCGACCUUUGAUUGGAUCAUCCUGGGUAACGUCCUCUGCGAGGUGCCGGACCCGCCGAGUAUCCUUCGCGACCUCGAUUCUUUGCUGAAGCCAGGCGGAUUCGUAUUUUUCAGCGAGCACGUGGGCUACAGGCCUGCGAACAGCUGGCGCAGAUGGCGCCAGAAUUUGGUGGCGCCCUGGUGGCGGCGCGUUUCUGACGGUUGCCAAUGCAACCGCGAUACGAUGCACACAAUCAGUAGGGCGGUCCCGAAUUGGGCGGUGCACAGUUUCGAGUUCGACUCUUGUGGCGUUAUGCCGUGGAAUGCGCUCUUCCAAAUCGGACUUGCCAAGAAAAUUGCCUGAUGGCACGUAGACGGUCUAGGAGUUUAUAUAUUGACCUCUGAGAUUGAGACAGUGUUUAGCCUGAGAACAAGAUUCACAGAAAGGCUGUGUUCAUCACGAUGGAUCUGUUUUGUUUGGCCGGUCACUUGUUCUUGAUGUACAUCGAUUCGAAGAACAACUACCGAUGAUCAUAGUGAUUCUAAAAUAAGAGCGGAACCUGACGGGGAUCUGAUUCUGAAGGACAAAUGUAUGUGACGGAUCGAAAGAAGGAUC